AUGGCACAAGCAGAGACUGUCCUGACGUUCGACUUGAUCCAUGAGAAAAUCAAGAGCUGCAGGGAGGUGCCAUCGACCAUCGGGCUGUACGGCAACUUCAGGGGAGGGCAGAGGCUGAGACAGGCCAUUGCCAACAUGAUGCAGCGCACGUUCAUGGGCGUGGAUGUGGACCCUCUUCACAUCUGCAUCUCCAGUGGGGUCACCGCCGUGUUGGAUCUGUUCUUCUUUGCCACGUGCAGUGCGGGCGAGGGCUGCUUCAUCCCCGCGCCCUACUUCCCUGCCUUUGACAAUGACAUGAGCAUUCGGAACGAGGUGAUACCCAUCCCCAUCCAGCCGCGGGACACGCGCAGCUACAUCCCCACCACUGAGGAGAUGGAGGAGGCCUUCACCGCCGCACAGGCCAGGGGCAUUCGCCCGCGCGUGAUGCUGCUCACCAACCCCGGCAACCCCCUCGGCACGCUCUACCCUGAAGCCACCCUCAAGGAGCUACUGCUGUGGGCAAUCAACCACGAGCUGCAUGUGCUGUCAGACGAGAUCUACGCCAACUCCAAGUUCGGCUCAUCAGCGUCUGAGUUCGUGAGCAUAGAGAAGGUGGCGGGUCACCUAGUGGCGGAGGGGAGGUUACCACAAGCACUGGCAGAGGAGCGAGUGCACACGGCCUCAUCAGCGUCUGAGUUCGUGAGCAUAGAGAAGGUGGCGGGUCACCUAGUGGCGGAGGGGAGGUUACCACAAGCACUGGCAGAGGAGCGAGUGCACACGGCGUACGGCAUGAGCAAGGACUUUGGCAUGAACGGGUUCCGAGUGGGAUGCCUGCACACCAAGAACAAAGACCUUCUUGCGUUCUGGCAGAACAUCGGCAUGUUCGCGGCAGUGUCAAAUGACACGCAGCACGCACUCUCGGUGAUGCUGGAAGAUGACAAGUUCGUCGACUCAUACGUAUCCGAGAAUAAACGGCGCCUCAAGAUGUCAUACGACUUACUCACAUCAGCGUUCGAGGCAGCGGGCAUGCAGUACCAGCCGGCAUGUGCAGCCAUGUUCUGCUGGCUGGACCUGCGCGCCAUCCUCGCUGAGCCCACCUUUGAGGCGGAGCGGCUGCUGUGGCGCGAGAUUCUCGACUCGUGCAAGAUCGUGAUCACCCCAGGAGAGGCGUGUCACUACGGCGAGCCGGGGUUCUUCCGAGUGUGCUACGCCGCCAUGCCGCCCGACCAGCUGUCCGUGGCGUGUGCCAGGCUGGCGGCCUUUUGGAAGAAAAAGGUGGCGGAGAGAGCAGUGAACGGGCAGGAGGAAAACGGGCAGGGGGAAAAGGUGCAGGAGUUGACCGGGAAAGCAGAAAAUGGGCAGGGGGCGGAUGGGGAGCGGAGGGAUGGGGAGGGGAAGGAAGGGGCGGAGAAGGAAGGAGAGGGGGAAGGGGUGAAUGAGACUCAUGAGACGUCUCAAAAGGAGGGAGGAGUGGAGGUGGGGGCUUUGAGUAGAAAACGCAAGGCUGAAGGCGACCCUGGGGACGCUUAA